UCACCCAUCCCCUACAAAAUAUCUCUCUCUCUCUCUCUCUCUCUCUCUCUAAACUAUUUCCCCUCCCUUUUGGUGCUGAAAAUGAAGAUCAAUGUAUUUUGUGGUGUUGCACUACUCGCUAUGAUGAUGGCGCUGCAAGGAGAAGUGCCGGUGGUGGAGGCCGCGACAUGCAAUCCAAUGGAGUUAAGCCCAUGUCUUGCGGCAAUAACGACGGGGGCGCCGCCGUCACAAACCUGUUGUAAUAAGUUGAAAGAACAAAAACCGUGCCUUUGUGAGUAUAUUAAGGACCCUAAUCUCGGUAGAUUUGUCAACUCUCCCAAUGCCAUAAAGGUUCAAAAAUCCUGUGGCAUCCCCGCACCCAAGUGCUAGUACAUUAGAAAUGUAGACCUCUACUAUUAGGGUGAAAAGAGAGUAGUGUUGUAAUCUACCUUUGAUAAAUAAAGAAAGAGUUUGGGUUCAA